CUCAAAAGGAAGAUCCCAAAAGAAGAAUCAAAGUGCACUCAUCUGGUUUCAGGACAAUGGUGCAGCCUGAGAGGAGAGAAGUGAUUUGGGAAAGAACCAUUUUUUUAUCACUUAAAUCAUUCUUCUGCCAAAGCCCAAAGAGGCUAGGCUCUUCAGACAGGGUCUGCAUCUUGUCCUUGGGGUCCAUGGAAAACAUGUCCACAACUAAGGCCUGGAACAGCUCUUCAGUGUCCAUGUUCAUCCUCCUGGGAUUUGCAGACCAUCCAGAACUCCAGACUCUUCUCUUUGUGACCUUCCUGGGUAUCUAUCUCGUGACGCUGGCCUGGAACCUGGCCCUCAUCUUUCUGAUCAGAAGUGACCCCCGUCUGCACACACCCAUGUACUUCUUCCUCAGCAACUUGUCCUUCAUUGACAUCUGCUACUCUUCUACAGUGGCCCCCAAGAUGCUCACUGAUUUCUUCCAGGAGCAAAAGACCAUAUCGUUCUUGGGCUGUGCUGCUCAGUUUUUUUUCUUUGUCUGCAUGGGUCUCACUGAGUGCUUUCUCCUGACUGCCAUGGCAUACGACCGAUACACAGCCAUCUCCAAUCCCCUGCUCUACACUGCCAUCAUGUCCCAGGGCCUCUGUACACGCAUGGUGCUUGGGGCAUAUGUCGGUGGCUUCCUGAGCUCCCUGAUCCAGGCCAGCUCCAUAUUUCGGCUCCACUUCUGCGGACCCAACAUCAUCAACCAUUUCUUCUGUGACCUCCCACCAGUCCUGGCACUCUCUUGCUCUGACAGCUUCCCUAGUCAAGUGGUGAAUUUUCUCCUGGUGGUCACUGUGGGGGGAACAUCAUUCCUCAUCCUCCUCAUCUCCUACAGUUACAUAGGAGCUGCUGUCUUGAAGAUCCGCUCAGUGGAAGGCCGAAGGAAAGCCUUCAACACAUGUGCCUCGCACCUGAUGGUGGUGACUCUGUUGUUUGGGACGGCCCUUUUCAUGUACCUGCGACCCAGCUCCAGCUAUUCACUUGGCAGGGACAAGGUGGUGUCUGUGUUCUAUUCGCUGGUGAUCCCCAUGCUGAACCCUCCCAUUUACAGUUUGAGGAACAGAGAGAUCAAAGAUGCCCUGUGGAAAGUGUUGAAGAAGAAGAAAGUGUUUUUCCUAGGUCAUGAUUGAAAAUAUAUGUCUCCAAACUGAUAGAGAAAAAUGAUCUCUGGCAUCUACCUUCACUUCUGGCAUUGAUGAGGGAGACAUCUUGUGUGCAUGGCCAUUUAUCUGCUGACCCCACCAUGGAUAGUCAAAAGGGGGAAGAGAUUACUUCAGCAGAAACACCACCCCAAGAUACCCUAUCCUCACAAUUGGUAUUACAACAACCACCUUUUAUUGGGUGCUUAAUGUGUACCAGGCACAUUAUUUAAUUAAAUACUCACUGCAGCUCUAUGAUGCACACAGUAUCAUCCCUUGUGACAAAUGAGGAAAUGCAGUCCCAGCAAGGAAGACUGACUUACCCAAGGCCAUACAGGAAGUCAGAGGCAGAACCCAUUCAGACCCAGGGCUUCCUGACUCCAGAGCCCAUGCUCUGCCCAAAUGCUACCUUCCACAUUCAACAACAAACAGCCCUGAAGUUGUACAAGUGUAUGACUCUUACUGCAGGCAUAUGGCAGAACUCAAAAAGAUACACUGUGUAUGAUUAAGGUGAAUUAAAAGAACAAGAUGCCUACUCCAGUCAACACUCUUCCAAGGCGUCCCUUCUGGAUUCCCAUUAUGACUACUGAAUAACUUGCCAAGACUGAAGGACAUUACCUCUGACUGCCUUUCUCAGCUAUGUAGGGGUAUAGAAAUUCUGAACCCCACAGAAUCACAUCAGUGCUCUUCUUCCCAGUCUCAGUCACCUAAACUGCCUAAUUUCUCAGUAUCUCCUUGAUUUCUACCAUGUCAUCCCUCCACCUGUUCAGCACCUGACUCAAUUUCACAGCAUGCUGUCCUUUUCUCAACACUUUCCGAGUUCCUCUUGCUCUCUUCCAUCUGAACCCAUUGCUCCUAUAAGAUCCUUGUUUCUUUACCUGUAUAGAUUAGCCCUUGCAGACCACGAUGAGUAUUAUCUGCUAUCAUCUCAGGAAGGUGCACCUCAGGCUCUCGCCUCCAGGUCAUUCCUCCUUUAUGGAGGGUAAUUACACUGGAGUUGGCCAGCACAACCAUUCCUGCUGGCAAAUCCCUCUCUCAUUCACUUGUGGCUCUGUCCUUUUCCCGGCACACUUUCCGAUAGUGUGGGUCUAUUGGAUGUGCAAAAAGAUUUUAUUUGAUUUUGUUGUUCAUAUAGGUGGAUCAAUUAUUUCUUUCACAUCUGGAAGACCAUAAGGGAUGCAUGGGGAGGAAAGAGGAUUGUCUCAUGUCUCCUGGGUUCUCCAGUCUCCUAAAUUCUUUCCCAAGUUCAAGCAAACUUAAAAUAACCCAUACAAAUAACACCCAGUGGUAUUACCCAAUAGGUAACUUUUCCUAAAGUUCUUUUAUCAGUUGCCUUUAUGCAUAUUAGGACCUAUAUGGCUUUGUAUUGGAAAUUCUGAGAAUCACCUCUAUUGAUGGAAUUUAUGCCCCAGAUAGCUCUAGCUUCAUCUUCCCCAGCUGGUAGAGGAUAAUGUGAGGAAGCCUCUACGAUUAUUUCAGAUAUAAGAUCUAAUGAAGGGGCCAGACUGGCCAGAAGAGCAGACUUGGGGACCCAAGAAUAGAUUAUUCCUUUGAAGCUUAGAAUUGACAGGCUUGAAUUCUGAUAUAUUUGAAUCCAAAUGAGUAAGUUUGAUUAAGGAUAGGAUAAUUAUUCUUUCUUCCUAAAAGAAGUGAUGCAGUUUAUG